CUGAAAAACAAAAACACUGAAAAAUCAUGAAAUAAAGGUUUUUUGCGUAAAAUUUAGUGUAAAAAACGACAAACGACGAUGAAAUUUAUUCUAUUUCUACCACUACUACUUGCACUAUCGAGUGCUGUUAAAGUUAUCGACGAUGGCAAGGUGGAUAAAACGAAAAUUAGCUCAACAAAAGCUCCCUUCGAAGAAGUCGAACAUUCCGUAAUAAAUGUUACUUUGCCAGCUGAAGACCUUGUUGCUGCUGACUCGUCAUCACAUUUGCCAUCCUCGACAGUUUCGACAAUUUUCAGCGAUUCCGGGGUCCUGGCUAGCGCCACAAAAGAAGCUGAAAAGAGCAACGUGAAGCCACGUAAAGGAGUUACGUUUGAAACGUCGUCAACACCGUCAGACGUGAGCAGCAGCAGUACAACAGCUAAAACAAACACGUCGUAUUCCGUGAGUGAAAAAGUGAUCGAUGUCGAAAACAAGAAUCCACCGCAACUGCUGAACGAGAAUAGCACAAUUCUCUCUUCCGUCCUGAACUUCCAUCCGAUCGGCGGUAAGCCCGUAAUUGGGGAAGUGAAGGAAGUCACUCCUGCAGCAAAGGAAAAACCAAAGAAACCUCUGCAAACGGUGAGUGCAGUUGACGAUCCCACGAUUGAGGAACACGCGAAAUCAGCUGAAAAAGUACCGUCGAUCAGCACGCAUCUCGUGGAAGAACCUGUGCCCGCAAUGUCACAAGAGCGCAUUCCCGAAGAUCAGCCAAGUUUCAAUGGAUAUUUCGGUUAUAUGACGAUAGCGGCAGUCGUACUCCUGUUUAUUGCCGUUCCCAUUGUCUUCGGAAGGAAAAUCAAGGAUCACUGGAAUACACGACACUACAGACGAGUGGACUUCCUCGUCGAUGGCAUGUAUAACGAUUAAAAACUGUGAAAGUGAACACUUUUUUGCCAAAUUUUUUUGUAUACAAUCAAUGAUUACCAAAAUGUUACACAAAAAAGGGUAACAGCUCAAAAGUGCUAAAAAAUUAUUGUGACUAUAAAUGAAUCUACUCACACUUUUUAAUUAAAAACUAACGAAAAAAAGAGAAAAAUCAUAUUUUUACAGUGCCUUCGAUAAAUAAACAAACCUAUUUUGGAGCAGCUCUCCCUUGAUUUUUUAGGGAAUCUAAAAAAAUUGUUCAGUCCACUAAAGAAUGAUUUUACAUUAAAGCAUUAAGUAUACAUACUACUAUGAUAUUCUACUUAGUACUAAAAAGAAAAUUUUUUAAGCAUUUUUCUUGUGUUAUAUUUAAACAUAAUUUUAAUAAAACUGUAUUGUUAACUGCUUUUUAAUAAUUGAAUUUUAGAAAAAAAAAACUCAAUACAAAAAAAAAAAUAUUUGGUCAAAAAAAUACGUAAAAUUUACAAUGACAUAAAAAAACCAGUUGUGAUUUCAAACGCGCAGGUGAUUUUGUAUAAAGCACUUUCUACAAUUUUUUUUUUGUUUGUUUGUUUUUGUAUUUGCACUAAAUUUUAU